CAGGGAGAACCAACUUGCUCACCAUGGGUCACCAUCAAGAACCGCCGGUUAUGAUUUCGGACAAGCUGCCGGAAUCGUUACGUAAGAAGAUGAUGACGUUCCAGGCGAAGAACGAACUGCCCGUCUUCCUGAAGGGUGGACCAGCCGAUCGUGCCCUGUUCGGCAUUACCGCGGCACUGUGCGGUGUGGGUUUGUUGGGUAUCUUCAAAAUGAUCUACGAUCUCGGAUUCGCCAAGAAGAAGGCCUAAGGA